AAAGAAAACAAGUGUACUGUAAGACAGCAAGCAGUGACGUUGCUCCUUAACCACAAAAACCAGCGAACAAAUUCAGGAACAAAAACAAGGUUAAUUCCCUCAAAGAAAAGACAAUACAAAUUUAAUUUCAGUGGAUAAGAUUUAUUCAUAGGCCGCUGUCUUUCCCUUUUCUAUCAAAAUUCCCGGCUAGAAUCUACUCGUCGGAAGCUCAUAGCUCAAGCUUCCAUGGGGUUAGCUUCGGCCGUUCACCAUGGCGUUGGCAUUCGAAUCUCUCUUAAUUUCCAUCUCAGAGUUGCCUCAGUGUCGCCUACGGUUCAAUUGCCCAGAUGGACCGGAUUCCGCUUCUCAAACCAUCGUGUCUCCCUUGUCCAUUCAGUAAGUCAUAACCGCCGCACGAUAUGUUUCCCAGUUGCUCGCUCCAAGGGAAUGGAGCAGGAGGAUAAUUUGUCUAGAGAAGAGGAGAGGAGAGCUUCAAAUUCUUAUGCUGAUUCCCAGGAGAAACUUCAGAAAAGUGAAGCUUAUGCAUCAUCUGUUAAAACUGUUGCUUUUUGGGUGUGCUCUGCGGUUGCUUUUGGAGUUGGUCUGGGAUUGAAGGAAGGAGUAGGCAAAGCAUCAGAAUUUUUUGCUGGGUACAUCUUGGAGCAAAGUUUGUCUGUGGACAAUUUGUUUGUCUUUGUUCUGAUCUUCAAGUACUUCAAAGUGCCACCUAUGUAUCAGAAUCGGGUUCUUUCAUAUGGUAUUGCUGGUGCAGUCUUCUUUCGGUUGUCAUUGAUACUACUUGGAACAGCCACCCUCCAGAGGUUUGAAGCGGUCAACCUACUACUGGCUGCUGUACUAUUAUUCUCAUCUUUCAAGCUAUUUUCCAAUGAUGAGGAUGACACUGAUCUGUCUGACAACUUCAUAGUGAAGACUUGCCAGAGAUUUAUCCCCGUCACAUCUAAUUAUGAUGGCAAUAAAUUUAUAACAAAACGGGACAACAUUUGGCAAGCCACUCCUUUGCUUCUCACAGUAGCAGUUAUUGAGCUCAGUGAUAUAGCAUUUGCUGCUGAUUCAAUACCAGCUGUUUUUGGUGUUACACGGGAUCCUUUCAUAGUUUUUUCAUCUAAUAUCUUCGCCAUCUUAGGUUUAAGGUCACUUUACACACUCAUUGCUGAGGGUAUGGCAGAUUUGGAAUAUCUACAGCCUUCCAUUGCCGUUGUUCUAGGUUUUAUUGGAUGCAAAAUGAUCUUGGAUUUCUUUGGACUUCAUAUAUCUACGGAGGCAUCACUUGGUUUUGUUGCAACUAGUCUUAGUGCCGGCGUACUGUUGAGUUUAGCAAAGAAAGCUGACUAGCUGAAAUCAAAGUGCGAGAGCAGAUGAAGGGUUUAUAUUUUGUAUGUUUGUUCUUCUACGUUAAGUGAGCAAGUGAGCUCUAAAAUUGCUGCUCAAUUCUUUGUUUCUCACCUCUCUUCAUCAAUGAAAAUGAAGAUUAAUUAUAUAA